AUGCACGAUGAAGCUCAGCGGCAGCAUCAGUCACUUCAAAUCAUUGAACUUCUCAUUGAUCUCAUUCAUGGUGAUCUCGUUUGUGGCGAUAAGGCCUGCAGACGUGUCGUAGAUGCAUUGAUUGCCAUUUAUGAAAAUGCCAUUCAAACACUUGUUACGAAUGAGACACUGCUCACAUCAUCUGUGAAGGGUGCUAUUAAUGCCUACUGUGCACGUCAUGUUCUCCGUGCGGCGCCAGAGCUUCUUAUCACUUCUAAAGAAGCCGCUGCAGCAUAUAAACAGAUCGCUGAUGUUUUGAUAAAUGUAGAGGAAAUGAAAGAUAUUGGUGAAGCUAUUGCAAAGGAGUUAUCUCACCUAACGCGACGUCUGGAAACACGACGCUUUUCACAUUUACUAGAUCUUAUGGGAAUUGCAGUGGUUCUCUACAUGCAGAAAGCGGCGAAAGAGCAUGAAGAAGAAAAGGCCCAGGGUGUAUUGUUGCUGGAGCCAGAGUCAGCCUUUUGGGUAUCUGUUAAACGGUUUCUCGCAGCAACAAUAAUAAUACCAACAACAUCACCAACAAGGGCUACAUCAACAGAAGGUGAUAUGAAUAACCAUAACAAGAGUCCUAGUAAUAAUAAUAAUAAUAAUAAUAACCGUAAGAGUAGUAAACGAGUGCGUGUGGAAGAGGAGGAUAAAGAAGUUUCAGCUUCAAACUCAACACCACCGCGUGGUUUCUCAGAAGAAAUGCGACGUGUUGUUAUUUCCCCUAUUAGAGAUAGAAGAUUUCUAGGCAUAAAUACCCAACGUCUUGCAUGUGCGCAAGAGCCGGAAGUCUCACCCCAUACAGAUAAACAGCAAAAGUUGAAUAAUAGAGAAAAGGGAAAAAAUGGAGAAGUAGAGGAGGAACAGAUACAUGUAGGAACUGCAGUUAAUGGGCGUGCUAUACUGCAACAAAAUAAUUCUGUAUCGAGAAUGAUUGAAGAAAUGGAUGGAGAUCAUUCCAAAAUGAUAGAGAAUACAAGUAUUGGGCUAGAUACUAUUGAUAACUCUAUGGAGACAUCUCAUAAACCUUCUACACUUCAGAAGCGAAAAGAUGUUAUUGUUGCUGGCGUUGAUGAUUCUAGUGUUUCUCUUCUUGGUGGUGACGUUCAAGAGCGCAGUUAUUUUCUCUGCGCGGAAACAAAACGUUAUGAACCCGUUAGUAAUCGGGGAUUUUUUUCAUAG